AUCAUGUCUCAUGACUCAUUGACUGAUAUGCGACUUCGUCAUACUCGAUGAUACAGGUGCUGUAACACUGACAGCUCACGUAACAAAAUUCCUCCACUCCUCCACUUUUCACGGUUGAUAGUACAAUUGAUAGCUGUUCUUAACACUGAUCAGCCACUCACUGAGCCAGCUUUUCUUAUACUAGAUCUAGUUUUACGUACUGCAUCCACUCUAUCAAAUCUAGAAAUGUCUGUAAAAUGUUUUAGACCUUUAGCAUACAAGUUUUGCAAGCAGAGUUCCUAGCCCAAUUUACAUUUGCAUAGAUCCAGAUCUGCUAUCUGUGGACGGGAGUGUCUCUCCAAAAUAGAGCUCCACAGCCACAUGAGGAAGUGUGCUCUGAGAUGAACCAUAGUCGUUCUACGACUGAAGGAGGCCAAUGAUGAUGAGAUCCAGAUCUGUCUGUAUUGUCUGUCUGUCUACCUAGACUCUCAUUAUGGCCUAUAGAUCUAGAUCUAUAUAAUUAUAAUAUUGUUACCCAUCCAUCUAUCCAAUGUAUUUUUAGUUAAAACAAAGACUUUGGGCCCAACUCUUGAUAUCUACAUCUAGAUCUAGGAUUAAACUGUUGGUAAUAAUUGCAGAUAAUUAAAAUGGAAAUUGAUGAAACUUUGUCCAAAGAGAAACUUCUUUCAGCCAUUAGUGAGAUUUUUAAAGUGAUAUUAGUAAGUGUCAAACAUGAAAAAAAAUCAUCGAAGUUUCCACCUGAUUAUAAAAUAUCACUGAAUAUAAUAAAAAAACAAAAUACUGCUCAGAAUGGGGUUGCCAUAUUCAUGGUUAAAGUGAUUUCUAGUGUGAAUAUUAAAUUUAUAUCACUUCUACAAGCACAAAGUAUGCCACAUUUGUCAGAUCUUAUGUGUUCUAUGCAAGUAAUAGAAACAGAAAGUCACCUUGCUAUUGAUUCUUUUGAUGAAAAUGAAGAAAGGCAUAUCAAUAGUGUGAUUUGGAUAGAUACAACCGCUCAAAAUGAAGUAUCAGUGAAAAUAAUGAAACAGAAGACAUCUUCAGGGACCAAUCAUAGUGUACUACAAAUGAGGAUUUUUAUGUCAAUAACUUCUGUAUGUGAGUGUGUUAUAGAAGUCUGUGAGCUGAUGGAACGUUUCAAGAUGAUGAAUCCAUUGGUUCAGUUUUGUUUGAACAUGGAUUUUGGGGGAUUUCUUGACUUUCAAUUAUGCAACUCUGUAAAUGUUACAGUCAAGCAAUUCAAUAUCUACACAGGAUUAGAAACAUUGGACAGAAAAUUGCUGGAAACCUUCAGGUCUGGAACAAUGGUAGCUCAAGUCAGUGAGACCUUCAAUAUGAAGCAUGUCUCAUCAAAAUAUGAUUCAUCAAUUUUGCUAUCAUGCAUAGUUGGCUACCUCCCAUUGUUUGGCCUUGAUGAUCUUCACACUGAGACUCAGAGUAGACAAGAUUAUACCCCAGGAAGUAUCAAAAUUCAAAUGUAUGGACCUCAUGGUGUUCCUUUGAAUAUGAAAUUAAUAAGUGAUGCUAUAUUGCUUCAACCUCAUACCUUAUUGCCAUGGAAUGAUUUCGGCUUUUUAGCUAAAAGAAAAUUCAAAUGCUCCACAUACAAUCUAAGGACUGCUGCAAGGCAAACUGUCAAAGAUCUUCCAUUGUGGACAACAUGUGACCGAUUUAUUUUAGUGUUUCAUUUUAUUCUGGAGUACCAAGAGCUUUCAGCCUAUUUGGAAAAUGAGAUUGCCUUCAUAAAGGAGGAAACAGAUUUGUUAGCAUAUAUCCAAGAAAUAUGUCAAAGCACUGCUUCCUUGAGUGUAUUUAAAGAAGCUGCACUGUCUUGUAUGUACUUAUUAAUGAAUCAAAACAAGCAACUAGAACUGGAUCUCCCAAUGUCACUAAAAAGUGCUGAAAAAACUGAAGAAUGUAUAAUGUAUGAAAAAAUGGUACCUGAAGUUGUUAAUUCUCUCAUAGACAUUUUUACUAGAAGCACUAACACUGAAUUUAGGUCUGAAGUUUCAAGGCUGAUUCCUACAGAUACCAGAAUAUCUAUGUCAGAUUACCUAGAGAAAAAACUGUUGACACUAAGAAGAACAAAUCCUGAUGUUUCAAAAAGCUCAUUUCCUUUUUUGGAGGAAUGUUCACCUAUAUUUUCCAACAUCACUUCUUUUCAAUCUGCCAACUCAACAGUACAGCUGGCAUCUAUGCCUAUGUUCAAUGAUGAGCCUGAAGAUGAUGUUGACAACUGGAACUUUACAAAUACUUGCUCAGAUCAACUGAAUUCAUUAAGUACAGAACACUUGAAUGUCUGCUAUGGUCUGGACAAUAACCAUCUUUUAGGGCUGUCUGGCUUAUCUGAGGUGCAUUCACUUGUCAAGGAUGAUAGUAUAAAUACAAUUCCAGAGGCUUGCAAUAUGGCAAACGGGAUAGCCUCUUUAGCUACUUCACCAUACAAUAAUAGUACAUGUUAUAAACACUCUAAUAAGAUGAGUUUAGUCAGUGAACCAAGAUUGAAAGAGUCAAUGCUAACUGAUACACUCUCUAUGAACUACAAAACAUCUAACAUUCAAUGUAUUGAAAGCAGUACUAACUCAAAGCAAACAAUGUUAUCUCAAAAUGAGGAUGCUAAUUGUGCACCACAAUUCAAGUUUAGUAAUCAUUUAAAUAACUUGUCAAAAAAUGAUUCUGUGCCUAUACAACAUGUCCAUAAUCAAUCUAUGCAUUUAACACAGGACACAUAUAACCAUGCUGCCUGUCAGCAGGAUGCCUCUUGUCAUAUCAACUUACCAAACAGCAAUAAAUCAGGUGAAAAUAACAGCUUUGGCUCAAAAGUAUCUGAUGGCUACCUUGAACUUCUGGAUGAAGAAAUGGAAUUCGUUAUUAGGAAAAGAAUGUUGGAAAAUAUGAACAUUACAAAUAAUGAUGCUUUACAGUUAAGUGAAACCCAGGGCAAUGUUAAAAAAAUUAAAAUAACUCCUUAUAAAGAUAUUUUAUCAAACAUGAAAACUCAGGAAAUACAAAUGACUGAUGCAAAUGCUGUAAAAUUAGAUUUAAGUUUAACUGCUUCUCCAUGCAAAUGUGUCCUACAAGAUGAAACUGAAUGGCUAGAUGACAGUGAGAUAACCAAGUGGUUUGCUGAAAUGGAAAACUAAUGUAAA